CUCUCCUCACUGUGACGUCACAGAAUGCUGACUCCUCAUUGGCUCAGGUGGAGUAUUAUAAAAAGAGCCUCGACAGUUCCUGGUUCAUUUUUCCUGUUUGCGAGUCAAGCGAGUGUUCGUCACUUUUGUCUUUCUCUGCGGGAUUAAAAGUGGCAAACAUCUUUUUGUUUCGCGCUGACAUCAUGAACUUGUUUUUAUUCUUUCUUCUGGUCGUGCAAAUGCACAGCGUGACGCCUGUGAUUCACACGCUGCAGUAUUUCUCUACUGUGUCCUCUCAAGUUCCAAACUUCCCGGAGUAUGUGAGUGUUGGUUAUGUUGAUGGAGUUCAGAUUUUUCACUAUGACAGCAACAGCAGGAAAGCAGAAGCCAAACAGGACUGGAUGAACAAAAUCACAGCAGAGGAUCCAAAAUACUGGCAGAGACAAACAGAGAUCGGUGUUGUUAAUGAGUUGAGGAGCAAACACAACCUUGAAGUUCUUAAGAAGCGUUUCAACCAAACUGGAGGUGUUCACAUUCUCCAGUGGAUGUCUGGAUGUGAAUGGAAUGAUGAGACUGAUGAAGUUAAAGGUUGGCGUCAGGAAGGUUAUGAUGGAGAAGAUUUCAUAUCGUUGGACAUGAAGACAUGGACAUUUACUGCAGCAAAACAACAAGCUUUCCCCACCAAACUCAAGUUGGACCAGAACAAACAUCUACUAGAAUACAAGACGUUUUACUACACUGAGUAUUGUCCUUCUUACUUGAAGAAGUAUGUGAACAAUGGGAAGGAGGUCCUAAUGAGAACAGAGCUUCCAGAGGUGUUCCUGCUCCAGAAGACGCCGUCCUCUCCGGUCAGCUGCAUGGCGACAGGUUUCUACCCCGACGGUGCCGACCUGUUUUGGAGGAAAGACGGCGAGCAGAUCUUCGAGGACGUGGAGCACGGAGAGAUACUCCCCAACCACGACGGAACCUUCCAGAUGUCGGUGGCGCUGAAAGUGGAGGUGACGGCCGACGUGGAGGGCAAGUACGAAUGUGUGUUUCAGCUGUCAGGCGUCAAGGAGGACUUGGUCACCAAGCUGGAGAGAAGAAGCAUCCUGAGCAACGCAAGCCAUGAAGACAACUUGAGCGUCGCCCUCGCUGCCACGGCGGCGGUCCUCGCUGUGGCGGCCAUCAUCAUCAUCAUCAUCAUCAUGGUCAUGGUCAGGCGUCACAGAAACAGACAAGGUGAGGGACGCCAAUGUCCUCUGUCUUCUUCUUCUCGGUGCACUCGGUCCAGGCCGUGAGUUGAUGCUUUCAUCCGGGCUGCAAAGGUGCGGCCAUCUUUUAGUUGCCUUCCAGCCAAACACUCAAAGAUCCACAGAGACAGAGCGCACACUCUCACGUAGAAACACGGCGUGACGUGAGGGGAAAAGUCCACUUCACCUUGUUUCUCUUUCAUUUCAGCCCAGUACGAUCCAGCUGGUAAGUAAAACAUCUUUUCUUUGAGCCGCAAGAAACAAAGCCGUGGUGAAGCGUCACUCACAUGGAGGUCUGAUGUGGACCUUUGUUACAAGUUUAGCCGGAAAAGCCCAACUGGAGCUGACUCCUUCACAAUAAAAGUCCCUCCUGUGAGCACACGCAAUACAAAGUCUGGCAUAUCUCACUUUUGACAGGAGUCCUCAUGAUGAGGAUCAGCCAAAUGAGACAUCAAGUGUGCUGACUCGUCAUGUUUCCAAGUCACACCUCAAAGAUCUGAUGUGAGUGACGAGGCACCUUCUGGAUGUUCUUCCUUCACCGUUUGCGUUUGUCCCGCAGCUCGCCACGGCGGCGUGGAGCUCGACGAGAACGUGCAGGCGGCUGAAGGCUGAGUAAGCUCACAUGGACUGUCUGCACCUCCAAAUGUUCUUGUGUGAAGAUGAUGUUCAACUUGGAUUCACCUGCUUCUGUCGGGAAUGUGCUGAGUGGUCUUCUUCCUCCAGGAUGCUUUGUGCACUGGAACACAGGGAGAUGUCUCCAUCGCUGAGGGACGUCAUCACACUCGGAGAUGAGAUGGAGAUGUGCUUUGUUCUUCGUCCGACUGCUCCUCACGCUAUUCCAUGUAUUCUUCUUUGGCCGUUAAAAGACUUUCAAGAUCAAACGUUGGUGGCUGUAAAAUCGCACGUUUCAUGGCCUUGACAUCAUGACGAGGAUUUCUUCUUUUCUUUCAAUGGCCGCUGCUUAUGAUCAAUAUCACAUUGUGUCACAUCUCUGUCAAUAAAUCCGUUUUUUCUCCA